AUGUUGACGAAUUCUUGUUGCUGGCCAACUUGCUGGCCGUUUGGCUACUGCAAGGGCAAGAAUCUGUUGAGGCUCUUUGGCCAGUACAUGGGUGUUGUACAAACCCCAGUAAAGCUCGUGAACGUCAUAGUCGGAGAUCUUCCAACCCACGAGACUGGUGAUUUCUACUUGACGGUUGAGACUGGCAGCAACCCUCCACAGAUUACGGCAGUGGUGGAGAACGCGGAGCCAAAGUUCGUCAAGUUCCCAGAUGAAAUGCUCAUCAAGAUUAGAGAUUCUUCUUUGGAGUCCAACGUGCGAUUCUGUUUGAAGAAGCUCAACGCAUUGGGAAGCCAAGAGCUCUGCGAGGCCUACGUGAGUCCCAAGAUGCUGCUGUUUUGGAUGGAGCAGGAGGAGAGCGUUCGCGUUCGAAUGGAGCCAGUUGACAGGGCUCACACUUUCGCGCUGCCAACAUGGAUACUGAUUGACGUCAUAGAGUAUGGUCAAAUGCAUGCUGACCAUGACAUCACAAUCUACGACUUCCGGCAAAAGAAAACGACCCAGAAUUCAGAGGUGAAGGUGCACCCAACCUACAAGAGCUUCAAAUCAGAAUAUUCCUUGAUGGAUCCAGCCGGAUUGCAGGCGCAGGAGCCUGACGCUCGCCCUUCAUUUGGCCUACUCCUAAGAGCUCUGCUUUGUGAUCGGGCCUAA